GGCACCGGGGAACCCGGGGCGCCAGCAGCCCGCGCGUCGGUCCGUGCGCGCAGGGCCCAUGGAGCUGCGGGCCAGCAACACCAGCUGCCAGAACGGUUCCCUGAUCAGCCUUUACUGCUCCUCCCAACAAGUCCUGUGCCAGAUCGUCAGUGACCUCAGCCCCCAGGUGCCCAGCAAUGUCACCUCUACCAGCUGGAAGGAGAGGUUCAGGCAGAGCUACGGCUUCUACAUUGGUCUGGGCCUGGCCUUCUUGUCCAGCUUCCUCAUCGGCAGCAGUGUCAUCCUCAAGAAGAAAGGCCUUCAACGACUGGUGGCCUCGGGGGCCACACGGGCUGUGGACGGAGGGUAUGGCUACCUGAAGGAUGCCAUGUGGUGGGCUGGAUUUCUCACCAUGGCUGCUGGAGAGGUUGCCAACUUCGGGGCCUACGCAUUUGCUCCUGCGACAGUUGUCACGCCUCUGGGAGCGCUGAGCGUCCUCAUAAGUGCUGUCCUGUCCUCAUACUUCCUGGGAGAGAGUCUGAAUCUGCUGGGGAAGCUGGGCUGUGUGAUCUGUGUGGCUGGCAGCACAGUGAUGGUGAUACACGCCCCCGAGGAAGAGAAGGUCUCCACCGUCGUUGAGAUGGCUGCCAAGAUGAAAGACACAGGGUACAUCGUGUUUGCUGUGCUUCUGCUGGUGUUCUGCCUCAUCCUCAUCUUCAUCAUCGCCCCACGCUAUGGACAAAGGAACAUCCUCGUUUACAUCAUCAUCUGCUCUGUGAUUGGGUCAUUCUCCGUGUCUGCCGUCAAGGGUCUGGGCAUCACCAUUAAGAACUUCUUCCAGGGGAUGCCAGUUGUGAGGCAUCCCCUCCCCUACAUCCUGUCCCUCAUCCUGGCACUUUCUCUCAGCACUCAGGUCAACUUCCUGAACAGGGCACUGGACAUUUUUAAUACUUCCCUGGUGUUCCCCAUCUACUAUGUGUUCUUCACGACGGUGGUGGUUACCUCCUCCGUCAUCCUCUUCAAGGAAUGGUACAGCAUGUCUGUAGUGGACAUUGUGGGCACCCUCUCUGGCUUUGUCACCAUCAUUCUGGGUGUGUUCAUGCUUCAUGCUUUCAAAGACCUGGACAUCAGCCAGACCAGCUUGCCCCACAUGCACAAAAACCCAACCCCAUCUCCCACCCCUGAGCCCACUGUCAUUAGACUAGAAGACAAGAAUGUCCUUGUGGACAAUAUAGAACUCUCCAGCACCCCAUCACCAGAAGAGAAGCCCAAAGUAUUUAUAAUCCAUUCUUAAAGUGUGGAAUACGAGAGUGAGAAGAUGACCACUACAGUACAGCCUGACUUCUCAAUUCCAGAGCCACCUGGUUAUUUUCAGAACAACUGUUACCGAUGGGCUCUCUUUUCUUGAGAUGUUCAU